AUGUCAGGAUCCAUCGGUAUCAUCGACAACUGGUGUCACACACUAGCAGAAGCCAGCGAAGAGCAAGAACCCAGUGUUACCACUCCGAAUCUCCAAACUUUGGCACAGCCAGACUUUCAGCUACUGGGUACUGCAGCGGAAUUUGUUCGAGUUCUGAAGUCAUUGUCUGUGGCUGGUCCACUAAACUUAACCAAUCAUCUCAUGCCUCAUCUCUUCAUCGGUGAAGGUGGCCAGUUCUCGGUCUUCCGGUCGAACAUUACAGCACGAAACGAUACUGCGUUAUGGAAAAUCGGGGCCCCUGUUGCAGUCAAGAAAUGCAAAAUUGUAAUGGAGACUAAUCAAGUCAUUGAUUUGACGGGAGAAGGAACAAGGAAACAGGUGCAUGCUAUGUUGCUCGAAGUUUUGGUACUCCGACAUACCAAGCUGCGCUCACACAGAAACAUUGUUCGUUUGCUCGGCUGGGCCAAAGAAGGUGGCUUUGAUGGGAUGCCCCUCUUAGUGAUGGAGCUUGCAACUGAGGGCGACUUGAUGGGUUUCUUGAAUGGUCCAAGAGGUGAUAGCUGGAAUUUGAAACAUCAUCUGUGUCUUGACAUGGCUGCUGGCUUAGACGCAAUUCAUGAUGUGGGGAUCAUACAUGCAGAUUUCAAGCCAGAGAAUAUUCUGGUAUUUCCCAAUGCCUCUGACGACGUUCCUCUCAUUGCUAAACUCUCCGACUUUGGGUACUCCUCUACAGAAGCAAACACGCAUUCUGAGUCGAAAAUCUACAUCACGGCUUUGACCAAAGGCUGGCAGGCUCCCGAAAUUAUCCUUACGACACCGCCAAUCUCUAUCACCACUGAUAGCUACAAAAAAGCCGAUAACUACUCCCUCGGAUUGGUAGUCUGGAGCGUGUGUUGUUUUCGUGGUCAGGCACCUCCAGCAUGCCAAGACGAUACUGCAUUGUCUACGGCUUUGGAAGCACUUGAAAGGUUGUCAACACUUUCUGGAAUGUUAGAGGAGACUUUUAGUGCCGCUUUGGAGCAGUUACUACAAUACCAUCCUACUCAAAGAACAAAGCAAGAAAAUCAAGAAGCUGGCACCUUCAGCAGUGAAACACCAGGUGUGACUCAAAUCAAGGAAGAUACACAUCCUCUGAGAAUGGAUCCAAUACAACAGUACUUCUGGGCUGGCAUCAACAAGUCAUUCGAAGCCUUCGGUUCCCGAAUGACGGGCGGCGAACUCUUCUCGCUAUUCCUAGAAAACACCUGGGGGGAUAUCCAUGCGGGAACUAUAACUCUUGAUUCAUACUCCAUUCAACAGCUGCUCCUCUCUGCUGAACGAGGCUUUGUCCCAGCCCAGGCCGUCGUUGAUAGGGUAUUUCAAUCGUAUGAGAUCGAUUGGCCCUCCGAUAAAAUUGUUCAUAGAGCUUCUUGGUUGUUCGAGGGAGCAGCUAUCGGAUGUCCUCUUGCUUACAAUGAUCUUUACGCCUCGGAUCAAACUGCAGCAAAAAGAGCCAGGACUCAAUUCUAUCAAAGAGGAGGAUAUCAACAAUAUUAUUACUCGGACGAAACGACAUCACUUUGGCGGACAUGGAGGUAUGAGAGUUUUCGUCCAGGAACAAGCCUUGGAAUUGAGAAAGAUGAUGACAAAAUCUCGGAAACGUCUCAUCCAUUACAAUUUUUUGACCCAACACACGACCAUCCCCUCAACAAACAUGAACUACUAUAUCUCUCAUGCUUAGCUGGGGAUUCAAGAGCAGUGAUAGAACUAUGCAAAGCCGGUGCUAAUACAUCCAUCAUUGGUGAGCCUGGUGGUGCGACGUGCCUCCACUGGCUGCUCACAUUUCCUGACGAGGAUAUGGAAGAUAUUGCCAGCCUCCUCAUGCAAAGCGGCAAUAUCAAUGCUGAACUUGGAGUAAAGGUUCCCGUUGCUAAGGAUACCUUUCCAUUUGCGUGGCCACCAGGCACCCCUCUUCACUGGGCUGUGGCAUCUUCCAGCUCUAGGGCUGUGAAUAUAUUGCUAAAAAAUGGUGCAGAUUGCUGUUACCGAAAUGGCAUUGACCCUUACAUGUAUGACAUGGACGUCAGAUACUUUGAGCGAGAUGGGGAGGACGAAUCGCAGGGAAUGUAUUCCGCACCAACUGGUAAAUGCUUAGGAAUGAGUCCAGUAGAUCUUGCUGUCUGCUCCCGCGACGUCUUGGUUCUCUCAGAAUUUCUCGCUCUGCAAGGACGGCCCAAUUUGCAAAUUUUUGAGGCCGAUGAGGAAGGCUACACUCCAUUCCAUCGUCUAGAAUACAAUCAUAUUGGCCGUACAGCGAAUCAGCACCGCUUUGCUUCGGCCGCUUUCGAUGGAUCCCGAACGGCCCGACGUGGGUCAACUUCAAAAGUUAUCAGCAUAUUGAAGCAGCUUGGUGGAAACAUUGACCAAUUGACCAACGCUUCACCACAUAAUGAACGGCGAAAUGACCGUCCAGGAUCCUUGACACCACUGAUGCUAGCUGUUCGUUGGAUAGACCUUGAUACUGUGACUGCACUACUCGAGAACGCAGCAAAUGUUAAUGUAAGGAAUGAACUAGGCUUCAACGUACUCAGCCAACUUCCUGAAAGUGGUGAUUACAACUAUUGUUUCAGAGACCUUCCAUCAAUUGUCGGAACAUUACUCAAGCAUGACGUAGAAGUUGCUGCCAAAGGCGCAUUCCGUGACUAUACGCCAUUAGCUAAUGCCAUACUAUGCGGAAGUAUAGAUGUCAUGGAACUUCUCCUCGCAGCAGGCGCAGAUCCAACAGAAAAGAGUAAGAAGUUUAAUGUCAUGGCUUGGUGGGUUAAUCAUACGCCACUAUGGGGAUACAUGCUGCCAUGGACAAGGAAAAUGUCAUGGCGACAACGAGGGUUGAGAAUGGCGAAAAUAUUGACCCAAUAUGUGUUUUCGAGAGACACUGAUGAUGUGCGUCAAGUAUUGCACCACGUCGACGCUUUUGGCAGCGGCUUGUUGCAUUAUGCAGUUGCAUCUGGUCAUCCUGAAGUGGUAAAGGCCGUCUUGGCUGCUGGUGGAGACAAGGAAGCACAUCGUACGGUCUUGGCCUCACCUAUUGAUCGGAGCCUUAACAGUGCGAGCUGGGUAAAUAAAAUGGGUACCGGAACUGCGCUCGAGGUUUGUUCGCGGAUGAAAGAUGUUUGUAUUCAGAUGAGUACCAAGGGGCAUGAGGCUGUCUCUCCUGCAGAAUACAAGUUCAUGGUGAAAGUGUACGAUGAGAUCAAGGAAAUCCUAGUCGGCGAUUCUCGCUGA